AUGCAACCAAAAAGGGUGAAAGAUGAAGACAAUCUGGCCCCAGCUAAAACUAAAGAACCGCAUAUAAAUGGAAAUGAUGAAGUGAUAUGGUUUAUCAAUAAUAAGUGGAUAUAUGUUGAAUUACCUGUCAUGUGUUCUGCCACAAAGAAGCUACAGUUCACUAUAAUUACGCCAAACGGCACGGAAUUCUUCACGGAAUGUGUUCAGGCGAGCUUUCAAGUUGGGUGUUCUAAAGCUUGCAUGGAUGAGAGUGGCUGUGGCAGAAAACGCAAUCCAAUAGCAAAGGCCCAUAAGACCAUGAGAAUACCACAUGAAGCAAACCAGAGGAAGAAACUCACUGCAAGGCGGAAUAAGAAGGCAUAUACAUCCUCCAAGCCCAAAUACGAAGUAUUCAAAUAUGUUAAGAGAAAAUAUCUCUUACUUGCAGAAAAUACCAAGACGAAUACCCAUCGAGGUUGUCCACAUAUAUGUAUAGCUCGUUUUGCAGAUGGGCGCCCUCGAAUAACAGGUCUAAAAUUACACACCCAUCAACUAUGCUUACGUGAGAGGAGGUCUCAUCUUUGCUGCCAAAUGAGGAGAAAGCUGUCUGACAGUCCUUGUGACCUUUUCACUGAAAGUCCCUGCAAAACUACAAGAACAAAGAUUGACGAUAUUAGAAAGAUAACAGGACAGUGA